AAUAGCACCGAUACCAACACUACCGACACCGACACCAACUCCACUAUGCAUUGCUCGAAGUCAGAAUUUGGAUGUUGUCCAGAUUGGUACACACCAGCGGAAGGACCUAAUAACGCUGGCUGUCCAGUCUUUGUGCUUGGAGUCUGCAACGAAACCCAGUAUGGUUGCUGCCAUGACGAAGUCACAUUGGCCCGUGGGCCAAACCUUGAAGGAUGUGGUGAGCCAACAUGUGCUGGAUCACUUUAUGGAUGUUGUAAGGAUCGGAAAACGAUAGCAUUUGGGCCACAUUAUGCUGGUUGUGAGAGGUCUUCCUUCCCUUGCGAAUUAUCCUCAUAUGGAUGCUGUUCUGAUGGCGAAACUGCCGCAUUAGGACCCAAUGGCACCGGAUGUGGAGAAAAUUGCUUGACUACAAAGUAUUGA